CGUCGCCGUCGCCGUCGCCGCCACCGCUGCAAUCUGUUGACGUUGACAUUGGCGGAGUACUGUAGCGGACUCCGGUGGUGGUCGAGGCCCUCUCCCGGGACACACGCGCGCACGUGGUGAAAGCUGAGAGGAUGCUGCGAUGUCAGCACGCAGACGUCAUGUCGUAGGGCCCGUGGCGAAUCGCGACCUCGCGAGCUCGGGCGGCUCGCGGCACUAUUACGAUGGAGACGAAGCGAGCGGCAGAUUGUUGAGCGAGGGGACUGUCGACUUGGAGGCGAGCGGGCAACAGCCGACGACGACGACGACAAUGACGUCCCGCGACCGGACCAACGAGUUCGCCAACGCGAUCCGCUCCAUGCAGAGCAGGACCGUGGCGCGGACCGCAGCGAACCUGCAAAAUCCGCGCCGUGCACGCCAGAUACAGAGCUACUCCAACUUCAUGAUGAUAGCCAAGAACAUUGGCAGGAACAUCGCCAGCACGUACGCCAAGCUGGAGAAGCUUGCCCUAUUGGCCAAGAAAAAAUCCAUAUUUAACGACAGACAAAUGGAGAUCGAGGAGCUUACAAAUAUUAUAAAAACGGAUCUAAAAAGCUUGAAUGUUCAAAUCGGAAAACUGCAAGAGCUCGGAAAGUCGCAGAGAGAGAGCUUCGGCUCCUCCCAGAGUCAUCACAUUGCCUCGCACUCUUCCUCGAUUGUGAUGGCAUUGCAAUCAAAGCUAGCUAAUAUGUCCAAUCAUUUCAAAAGUGUCUUGGAAGUUCGUUCUGAGAAUAUGAGAGAGGAACAAAGCAGGAGGCAGCAGUUCACUCAAGGAUCUGUGUCCACUAUGCUCCCUCCGAGUGUUGUUUCUGGAAAACAAGGUUCUCUGUUGCUGCAGGAAGAGAUUUCUAGUAGUAGUUCAGUUGCGAUAGAUCUUGAACCUGCGAUGAAUCAGCAGCUGCAACAAAUUAUACAAGAUGAUACCGAUGCGUACGUGCAAUCGAGAGCCGAAACUAUGCAGAAUAUAGAAUCUACUAUAGUUGAGUUAGGCGGCAUUUUCCAACAAUUGGCGCAUAUGGUUAAGGAACAAGAAGAAAUGGUUGAAAGGAUAGACAGCAAUAUAGAAGAUACCGAGCUAAAUGUGGAAGCUGCACACACCGAAAUACUGAAGUACUUUCAGUCUGUGACAAACAAUAGGUGGCUAAUGAUAAAGAUAUUUGCGGUCCUGAUAUUUUUCUUUAUAUUUUUCGUAGUGUUCUUAGCAUAACACUAUCGAUACUGUAUUUAUAAUAUCAUUACACUUUAUCAUCCAUAUCCACUGUUUGUGAUAUAAGAAACAGAGAGAAAAUGGUUUUUUUACAAAGCUACGACAUUCAUACAGGCUAAAAUGAAAGGUAUUUUGCGUGCAUUCCUCGCCCUUUCCCCCUGAAUUGUGAAUAUUGUAAGUACAUUUAAAUACUAUUGUAAGUAUUUAAAUAUUACGUUACUCGUGUAUAUCUCGCAUUUCGCUGAAUACAAGAAAAUGUAAAAAGGAAAUAUUUCUAUAGAUAAUAAAUGCAUAAUUUUCAUUUUUUGGGGGCGAAAAAUUUUACAAUUAAACAAAUUGUGUUUUAUAAGGAAUAUGAACAUCGAAAAUAAAAAAUGGUUUAUAUAUACUUAUAUCAUAAA